CAUCGCCUCUCUCAUAGCAUUUUCUAUAUUUCUUUACUUCAAGGAGCUUCGAUGUGUAAGGAAUAUUAUACAUGCGAACCUGAUAGGAAGUUUCAUCUUGUGUGACUUCACUUGGAUUUUGGCAGCAUCUAUACAUACGUCACCAAAUACUUCUGGUCCGGCAGCAAAGGCCUCGUGUGUCCUCGUCAUAUUUUUGACAUAUUUGAUGGGUACCAACUUUUUCUGGAUGUUUGUUGAAGGCCUUUACCUGUUUAUCUUGGUUGUGAAGACGUUCUCCACUAAAAGAAUGAAAUUUUACGUUUAUGUCAUCAUUGGAUGGGUUAUACCUGCUGUAAUAGUUUUAAUUUGGUCACCUAUAAAAGCAUGUUUCUCUUCAGAUGCCAGUGAGAAGUUUUUUCGUCUCAGGUGUCCCUGGCAAAGUAAAGACAACUUCGACUUUAUAUUCAUCGUUCCUGUCAUGUUUGUUCUAGUCGUGAAUCUUUACUUCCUUGGGAGAAUAAUGUGGGUGUUAAUCAGGAAGUUGCGUGUGGCUUCAACCGUGGAGCAUCAACAAUACAGAAAAGCUGCCAAAGCUCUCCUCGUCCUGAUUCCUCUUCUUGGGAUAACCUAUGUGCUAGUCAUUGUCAUCCCAACCCAAGAGACAGCCCAAGUGGUCUUCACCUACCUUCAGGCAACCUUACUCUCGACUCAGGGAUUUACAGUAGCUUUUUUAUACUGCUUUAUGAAUGCCGAGGUACGGAACACCCUUCACUAUCACUUGAACCGCUGGCGAACGUUGCGUAGUGUUAAAGAGAGAAGGAGUGGCACCGUCAGUUCAAGAAAUAAUCGCUUUGGUGAAAGCAUGAAAACCUUCGCCACUGACGUGAAAGAAAACUGCAGCUACGCCACUACCACGUCAGUUGUUAGUGGUGGCUACAACUUCACGGAAAGGCCAAAAAGCAGUAAACGUUCAGCCCAGAUAACUAUUGAAGAAAGAGACUUUGUUUAAAUAUUGGACGGUGAUAUAAAUACUUGAACAUGUGCUGAUCAUAUUCACGAAACAUUUUUAUUCGUCUAAUUUCAGUAUUUACACCACGGACCAAAUUAAACAUCAUUGUUCGAUAUAAAAUUAUACACAUUAGUAGUAGCCCAGAAUAGUGAUUGGAAAGAUUUAGAUCAACAAAACUAAAAAUCUGUCCGGAAACCCUUCUAAUUCAACUGAAAAGCAGAGUUUUAAAGAAAACAAAAAGCAUAUAGCUAAGUAUAUUUAUAUAUAUCAAACGACAAUUCUGCCCUUUUCUUCGUCAUUGCUACGAUGUCCAGUUACUGUCACAACCAACUAACAAUGGACAUAUAUAAACAAUGUUGUUGUUUUUUUCAAUUAUGCACAAAGCUAGACAAGGGCUAUCUGUGCUCUGCCCUCCACGGGUAUUGAAACCCGGUUUCUAGCGUUGUAAGUCCGCAGACAUACCGUUGUGCCACUGGGGGGCUAUAAACAAUGUGUGAUUUAGUUAUGUAUUUUCUGUAGUUCAAGUUUCAUUUGGUAAUAUUAUUUUCAUC